AUGCGAUAUGAAUGGUCAUUAUUCGAAUUGCACAGGUUGAUCUUCCUAGAGGAACGAUUAACAGAAUUGAAAGAACUAUUGGGAUCGAAUCUGAACUUGGAUAAACUAGCCAUUAAUGAGCAUACCACAAGGAUAGAUCUAUUACAAGAACAUGAUGAUAGUAUAAAUCGAUUUACCAUAUUCUGCAAUGCUGAAAUGCGAGUCCCCAUGGUUUUAUGUUUUGCGGGGGAAGACCAAUGGAUCCAACUGCUUUGCAGUUGGUUGAAAUCCCAAGGUGUCAUUGUAUUACCCAUUGAACUAGAUUCACAGGCCAUGCUGAGUGUGGCAGACGAAAUAAUAGGUCUAAAAUCCUACGACACAAAAUUGAUCUUCGAUGUAACUACCACGGAUAGAAAUUUGAGAAAGCUGGAACUAGAGGUGGAUAAGGAAUCCUUCCAAAGGCUUACAAGAGAAUUGACCUCGCAUACUGCACUACAAGAUAUAAUUGUUCCUUACAUCUACCAACGAUCAGGUAUGAUCAUCGAGAAAUUGCCCUUGACGAUGAUAUCCUUCACAGGAGCUGCAUCUAUAACCCAUGACAAGAUCGUUGUAAGUUCUUGGAGUAACGACACCUUGAAGAAACUACUAGAAGUGGUUCAAUAG